AUGUCUGUCGCUAAGAAUGUGAAGACUACUGUCUUUUCGAAAUACACCGUCCAGCCCACCGGAAUCUAUGCCGCGAUUAACAGGCUCUUCGCGCUCGACCCCAAGCGCUCCACGGGUAUCCCCAUGAACCCGCAAUUCCGCAACCCACCCCCAGGCGGUCUCGACCCCAACUCUUACGACGACCCUGUCACUCUCCCUGCCGCUGAUAUCGCCGAGAACCCAUACUGGAAGCGCGACGUGCGACGACGAUACCCCAGGCUCUCGACAGUCACCCAGUCCGACGCGGUUGCGCUGCUCGAAGUUGGAAGCGCGGCAGCACCCAAGCAGGAGCUGAUUGGCGAGGCAGGCACAAAGUCGCUGGUCGCGGCGAAAGAGGAAGGCGCCAAGGGACUGGCGGUCGCGUUUGAGAAGAACACUGGACUUGCAAAGGAUGUGCUGGGACCUGGUGGUAUGCCUCCGCUACCAAGCGGGCUGCACAACACCCUUGCUGGCGGACACAAGCGAUACGAGCUGGAGAACGAGCAGUCAUAUGGCACAGCAUACCCAUGCCGGACGUUUGCUUAG